AUGAGUGACGAGGAGCUCCGCUGCUUUGUGGGUGGCCUCUCGUGGGGCACGGAUGACCGCGCUCUUUCGGAUGCUUUCCACGACUAUGGAGCUGUUGACGCUAAGGUUGUGAAUGACCGAGAAACCGGCCGCUCCCGAGGGUUUGGAUUUGUGACUUUCAACGACAAGGCCGGCAUGGACGAUGCUAUCAAGGCCAUGAACGGCAAGGAACUUGACGGCCGGACCAUCACUGUCAACGUUGCUCAACCCCGUGGAAGUGGAGGGAUGUCAGCCACAGUAGCAGAAGAGGCGGCAGCGCGAGUGGCGGCGGCAGAGGCGGCGGGGAUCACGCUGUCGGCUGAAGUGAAGCGCGCCUUGCUCGCCGGGCGCCCUGUCGUAGCGCUGGAAUCGACCAUAAUAUGUCAUGGCAUGCCGUACCCACAGAACCUGCAGGCAGCAAAGGGCGUGGAGGGUAUUAUUCGAGGGGAGGGGGCUGUGCCGGCCACCAUUGCCAUCAUUGACGGCCGGCCGUGCAUAGGGCUGACGGCCUCUCAGCUGCAGCAGCUGGCACGGAAUGGCCACGGUGCUGUGAAGACUGCCAGACGAGAUGUGGCUCUCGUGAUGUCUCAAGGCUUUACAGGAGCCACCACUGUAUCGGCUACCAUGCUGCUUGCUCACAAGGUGGGCAUUCCUGUGUUUGUAACGGGGGGCAUUGGCGGCGUGCACCGAGGGGGGGAGAGCACGAUGGACAUCUCAUCAGACCUCACAGAGUUAGGUCGCACGCCCGUGGCCGUGGUGUGUGCGGGUGUCAAGUCAGUGCUCGACAUUCCGCGUACGCUUGAAUACUUGGAGACGCAAGGGGUGACAGUGGUGGUGUACGGUGCCAAGGAGUUCCCAGCGUUCUUCACACCAAGAUCUGGCUGCCCUGCACCCGCCACUCUUAGCGACCCUGCCAGCUGUGCAGCUCUCAUUGACACCAACCACCGCAUGCAGCUUAGCAGUGGCAUGGUGAUUGCAGUGCCGGUGCCCCAGGGGCAGGCAGCAGAGGCAGAGGAGGUAGAGCGAGCAACACAGCAGGCCCUUGCAGAAGCAGACGCACAAGGUGUGAAGGGGGCACAGGUCACACCGUUUGUCCUCAAGCGAAUCAAGGAGCUGACUGGAGGAGCAUCACUCACUGCAAACAUAGCACUAGUGAAGAACAACGCCCGUCUGGGUGCCCAAAUAGCCUGUGCUCUUGCACAAAGAAGAAUGUCACCCGUGCCUAGAUUAUGGAGCAGCAGCAACAGCGGCGCCAGUAGCAGCAGCGGACGUGGGAGCCGGCGAUUGGACGACGGCGUGAAACGAGCGGCUGGACUUGGACCGGUCACCGCGGCGGCUCAACCGGGCGAAGAGCUAAUGCACCAGUUCUACGAGAUUCGACGAGAAGCAGAAACAGUUAAAGAGCAACUGGCAGCCAUCAGAGCCACUGCCGACGUGCCACGUCAGCGCGCAGCCAUUGCUGACCUAGAGCGUGACGUGGCAAGGGAGGACCUGUGGGAGGAUCCAGCUCAGGCGCAGCAGCUGAUGACGCAGCUCACAGAGCUCAAGGAUGGCGUGAGAGAGGUGGAGGAAUUUGCAGACAAGGUGGAGGAGGUGUGUCUUAUAGUGGAGCUGCUAGAAACGGAGCAGACACCAGACGCGUCACUGGUGGAGGAGGCAAGGGAGGGGCUGCAGUGGGCGCGGGGGCACAUGGAGAGAUACGCUGUGGCUCAGCUGCUCUCAGGGCAGUUUGAUCGUAAAGGCGCGCGGCUGACCAUCGCUGCUGGAGCUGGCGGCACAGACGCCCAGGACUGGGCGGACAUGCUCUUACGCAUGUACUCACGGUGGGCGGACAGGCGGGGCUUUAAGAAGCGAGUGGUGGAGCGGUCGGACGGGGAGGAGGCGGGGAUCAAGAGUGCCACGCUUGAAGUGGAGGGGCGGUAUGCCUACGGGUACCUGAGCGGGGAGAAGGGCACGCACCGGCUUGUUAGGCAGUCGCCAUUCAACGCCAAGGGGCUCCGACAGACGAGCUUCGCCGGGGUGGAGGUGAUGCCUCUGCUAGAAGAGGAGGCAAUCAAGGUGGAGAUUCCCGAGGAUGACCUGGAUGUGUCUACUAUGAGGGCGGGCGGCAAGGGCGGGCAGAACGUGAACAAGGUGGAGACGGCCGUGCGCAUGGUGCACGUGCCCACGGGGAUCGCUGUCAAGUGCUCAGAGGAGCGGUCACAGGCGCAGAACAAGGCAAAGGCACUCGCAAUGCUCAAGGCGAAGCUGCUAAUUAUUCUGGAGGAGCAGAGAGCGGCGGAGAUAAGAGAAAUCCGAGGAGACGUUGUGAAAGCGGAGUGGGGGCAGCAGAUUCGGAACUAUGUGCUGCAUCCGUAUAAGCUGGUGAAGGAUUUGAGGACGGAGUAUGAGACGAGCGAUGUUGGAGGUGUACUGGAUGGCGAUUUGGAUGAGUUUAUGGAGAGUUAUUUGCGGUGGAAGCAACAACAGCAGCAGAAGCAGGAGCAAGAGCAGCAACAGCAGCAGCACCUGGUUUGA